AUGGCUAUGGAGACCUCGGACCAGGAACAAAGCUCCCAAGAGCUGGAUUUAGAGGAGAUAACUAGGAAGAUUUCAUUCCUGGACAAAUGGAGGCAAAUCUUUAGUUCUCACCGGUUGGGAACGAAUAAUACAACUUCUCAGAAUCAUGAAGGCAACCAUGUAUCUGCCAGUGAAACUGAAGAUGGAACAGGAAUACCUCAGCCAAAAGGACAAGGACAUUUGCCAUCAAGUAGCCUUUGUUCUAUUCCCAAACCCUCUAUCAUCUCUUCAAAAUCGGGCAGCUUUCCUAUCUCCCUAGCAAUGGCCAUGAAACUGCGCCAGAGCCUCUUUGGAAAUACAGUCCAGGUCUUCAGCUCUGACUGGACAAAGGCCUAUUUCCGGUUUCAUGAUCCGUUUUCUGACCUGGCUUUUGCCUUGGAAGUGGGAAAGGGAGGUGCCUCGAGCAUUCAGAUGGCUGUACAAGGAUCCAUCAUUAAAUACUUGUUGUUUACAAGGAAGGGAAAAGACGGCAACUUUCACAGGUUGCGCUCGGUAAGCCAACAGGAGCAGCAGCGCGCACUGGCCGCCGUGCUCGCGGGCAUCCUCUGGGCCGCAGGAGCAGCUCAGAAGGCCACCGUCUGCCUCGUCACCGAGGACACUCACGUUGCCCCGACUCCCGACUACACCGGGGAUGGUUUCACUGAAAGGCUCCAGCUGUUUGAACUUUUAGAGAAAGAGGCCACUGAGAAAUUCAUCUAUGAUCAUUUACAAUGUUUCAAAGGAGAAAGAAGCCAUGGUGUCAUCUUGUUUCUUUACAGCCUGAUCUUCUCCAGAACAUUUGAAAGGCUUCAGAAGGACCUGGACGUCUCCACCACUCAUCUGCUACAACCAAAUGCUGGAGGCUUCCUGUGCAGGCAGGCAGUUUUGAACAUGAUUUUAACUGGAAGAGCAAGUCCACAUGUGUUUAACGGCUGUCAGAAAGGAAAGCCUCAGGAAAUGUUAUAUGGGGUUGUGACCCACAGUGACAUCGGCUAUUUGCAGUGGGGUAAGGACACCUCAGAGGAUGAUAGAUUUUCACAGGUGGGCAGCAUGCUGAAGACGCCCAAGUUACCUAUCUGGCUGUGCAACAUCAACGGAAAUUACAGUGUCCUUUUUAGCACAAACAGGCAGCUCUUAUCAGACUGGAAAGUGGAGCGCCUCUUUGAUCUGUACUUCUACAGUGGCCAGCCCGCCCAGAACAAGCCUGCACACCUCAUCAUAGAUACUCACUCCCACCACUGGGAAAAAGUCCGACAUGAAGAUGAAUACAGACCAGGAAGACGGUUUUCUCCAGUGGAGAUGGUCAUCAGAACCAAGUGGAGAGAGGCCACAGUCAACUGGAAUGGAACUGUCCCCUUUUUCUAA